AUGAAGCACGUAUGUAUGUAUGUUUACAUGACAGGCACGGUCAAUAAACACUAUUUUGAGGUUGAAGGCGAUGGAAAAGGAAAGCCUCACGAGUAAGUUUCUGUUCAAUGGAUGUAAUUUAUCGCUAAUAGGGGAGGAGGUUGAAUUACGAUAGAACUAGGGAGUGUAAAGUGUUUUUCUUUCAAGGAGACCGGUUGAAACAUGUGACCCAGGUCGAAAGUUAAACUCUCUGUCAAAGUAAUAAAACAAAUAACAAACAACUGGCAUCGCAUCCCCAAAGUGGUUUCUUGUCCACCAUUCCAGAAAGAAUUGACAUUUGAAAAUGUGUUUUUUUAAAAAAGCUGGAAACCUGAGAGCUAAGAGAAAAUCCUGUCAUAGCAAGAGUUAUACACAGAUCUGGGAAGGGUUUUCUUAGAAAAGACUGAUAUGUCAGCAGAUCAGUCUCGCUUUCUCUUCGGGAAAGUUCAUUUAAUAUGACAAGGGGGAUGAAGAUAUUGAAACUCGAAGCUUGAAAUUUUAGCAGCCCCCCUCGCUAGCGGUUCAAUUUUUUAGGAGCCCCCUCCUUGGUGGUUGAAAAAAUUUCAGAGCCCCCCCCCUCCCUCCUCCGUCAAUUCCUUUGCUCCCCUGAACAAAGAUCGCUAGACUGUAUUAAAUAUAUUUACCGUUAUUGUCUUCAAUGGUUUAUACUAUGACAAACUUGAGAUACAGUUGUGAUACAAUUUUCUAAAGCAUUUUUGGGAUGAACAAGAGUGUAAAAAUUACUGAGACUACAUUUGUUAUAUCUGUAAACCACGUGAUAUAGCUGAGUUGCAUAGGUCAUUAAAUUGUUGAGUUGAAAACCAUCCGAUCUGUAUGAUGAUGUCAUUUGUUGGUUUUGAAGUAUACAAGUUUUUGGAGCCCCCCCUCCUUGCGCAACAAUUUUUUCAGAGCCCGCCCUUCGGGUGUCUAAAAAUUUUCAGAGCCCCCCCUUAAUAUCUUCAUCCCCCCCUCGUCAUAUUAAAUGAACUUUCCCUUCGUUAGAAACGGCGAAUCGUCUGACAUUGCGUAUGCGCUGUAGAGUAUCAUUAUGAAAUAUCCACGACCAUUCCAUUGCACUUUUCACUUUAUUAAAACAUGUUUUCGUCUCGUUUUAAAAGCAUCCAAGGCAACUGUUUCAUCUACAAUGUCAAAUUCACUGGUUUGAACUUUCCUGCCAAUGGACCUGUUUUGCCGAAGAAGACACAGGGCUGGGAACCCAACACUGAGCGUCUUUAUGCACGAGAGGAAUGCUGAUAGGAAACAACUUUAAAUGGCUCUGAAGUUGGAAGGAGGUGGUCAUUAUUUGUGUGACUUCAAAACUACUUACAAGAAAAAUAUGAAAAUUGUCAUUUAGGGCCCCAAAUAAUCUAAGUAAUCUGAAAGGCACGAUUUGGAAUAAACAAAAGGGAUAAGUUCAGCUUAGGUUUUAAAAUAAUUAUGAACAGGAAAAGGCCCAGAUUUCACAAUGGUUCAAAUGAAAAUGGAAUUUACGCUCCUUUUUGCCCUAACUUUUGAUUUACAUACAUUUGUAAACCUCAUGUUAUCAAAUUGUGUGUCAUUCAGUUGCUCAAAUUCGUUUUUCAAGAACUAGUUAACAUUUCGGAGUAAAUUUCAGUGUUGAUUUGUUUUACUGUCCCCUUGAGGGCCUUUUUUGUCCUAAGUACUGUGUACCGAUUUUAAAACCAUCAGCGGCACUUCUCGGGCCUAAAAAUGGGAUAAUAGUCCCAUCCCCUUCGUGGAUUUUUACCUUUGGUUGGGGCAAAGGGUGAAUACUGUACACAACAAGAGCAUUGUGACCAAUAUUAAAGGUAUUUGGUUAAGAUUUAAGCUGACAGUUUGUACUAUUAGGUUUUGCUUUUCUUUUGUUAGGGCAAAGAAGCCUGUGAAGAUGUCAGGGUAUAACUAUGUUGACCGCAAACUGGAUGUAACCAGUCACAACAAGGAUUACACUUCCGUUGGGCCGUGUGAAAUUUCCAUUGCACGCCACUCUAUGCUCGGCUGA